GUGUUGGUGAUCGACCAGUAACUCAGGCAACGCUGUGUAUCCCCGUGACAUCGGGAUGAGUCAGUCGGACUCACCUUAAAGUCGUUCCUCUCUGUAAUUUCCUAAACCCUCCUGAGUUUGAUUUCGACACCCGCUUCAGACUCUCUGGUUAAUCCAGAUUGAGUGCCAGCGCCAUCAGCAAAUGGGAUGCAAAUGCUGGCGGGAAAUGGGAUUCAGAUCUAGAGGUGGGACUCUGCAGCCAUCGCAGCUCUCAGAUGCAUGAGCACACCUGGAAUCUGAGGGAGGGACCAAAGCGGAGCAGACCUAUGAGCACACAGGCUAGAUAAGAGCUGCAUGGCUGCACACUGAGGAAUUACACACCCAACUCUAAGUUUUUAGGAGCUCAAAGCUGCAUCUGGAGGAACAAAAGGGAACAAGCUGCCACAUCAGGGGAGAGUUUAUCCACCAAGGCUGAACUCCACUGUGGAUUGUAAAGUCAUUAUGGCUUUUUCAACCACAAAGCCCACUUCUUUCCUCCCCAUUCUGUUCCUUCUCUAUUCCCCUCUCGCCUGCCUAUCCCAGACCCAAACCAACAGCACCAGCAGCCCAACCACUCCCUCAAACGCCACUUAUCCGAAGGUGCGAGGCUGUGGAGAUGGACUGCAUCCAGACUAUAGCUACCUGUGUGAUCGCCGGGCAGCCUGGGGGAUCAUUCUGGAGACUCUGGCCUCUGCAGGCUUCCUGCUAAGUAUAGGUCUUCUUUUAGGCCUGCUGUUCUGGGCGCUGUGCAGGUUCCUAUCUUCCCCGAAUCGCAGCGGCAGCACAGUCGGGGGAACAGUCCUCUCCAUGUCCAUGUUUCUGUUUGCCACAGCCGGCAUCUUCGCCAUCACCUUCUCCUUCAUCAUCAAGCACAACCCCCAGACCUGCCCCACCAGGAUCUUCCUCUUUGGGGUGCUCUUCUCUCUGGCCUUCUCCUGCCUGCUGGCUCGCUGCCUUGCAAUGCUGGGUUUUGCAGCCGCCCGAAGCUGGGGGGAACCAGCCGUGGCCUUGGGGCUCUUCGUCGUGCAGGUUAUCAUCUCUACACAGUGGCUCAUCAUCGUCCUGGUCCGGGACAAGAACCCCUGCGAGUACAGCCAGGCGGAGUUUGCCAUGCUGCAGAUCUAUGUGCUGUGCCUCUUAUUGAUCAGUCUAAUCCUGUCCCUGAAAAUCCUGUGCCGCUCCUGCUUCACGUACACCUACAGCUACACGGGCCCCACCAACCAGCAGUGGAAGCCGCAAGCAGCCGCGCUCUGCAUCACCCUGGUGCUUUCCGCCUGCAUAUGGGUGGUGUGGAUCGCAAUGCUCACUAGGGGAAACGAGGAGGUGAACAAACAGCCAGUCUGGGAUGACCCCGUGCUUAGCAUCGCCUUGGUAACAAAUGGCUGGGUGUUACUUUUGGGGCACGGCAUCUCCCAGGUUGCCCUCUUCUGCAGAGGGGAGGCUACAGCCCAGGAGGUUCCUCUGAGCUUUGCAGGCUGGACUCACCCCAAUGCAGACAUCCCUGGACUGGGAAGCCAGAAGGAAGGGAAGGAAAACGGAAGCUACGAGAGCGAUAGCGAGAACAGGAGAGGCAGGAGAGCUGAGCCAGCGCUGCGAUCCCCCUACGAGUCUGGUUUCUCCAUGACGGAAAUCGACCCCAACAAGGACUACACCAUUCCUCGCCCUCAGACCACUAACUUCAAUCAACCCUACGAUGAAUAUUAUGCACAACAAUGAAACAUCAUAGCUCAAAAAAAAAAAAAAAAAAGCACACAAAAGAAAUCUACAGCAAAGCCAAAGGUCAUGGACGUUGAUAUGUGUAAAUGUAAAUAUGUUGUUUUGGUGAUGUAAAUUGUAAAACUCCUCUGCUUUUGGAAGCAAAAUAGGGAUCAGAUGUGUGCUUUUGUGUGCGUGCACGCUCAACAGUGAUCAGAGAUGUAUAGGAAAGCCCAGAGGUGAUAAGAGAGGCGUGAAACCGUCUCUGCUGAGGUGCCAAACUGCUGAGGAUAGCAGGAGACGUCAGGAGGAGAUGAAACAUGGAGGGGGAUCUGACAGGAUGAGAUGAGGUGAGACAGGAGGAGGACAGGACGGCAGAUGUGUCAGCUCUGCUUUACGUCCCCUCGUUGAGAUUUACACUUUAGGGGUUCUGCUGUUGUCGCUGAAAGAGGUAAAUUAAGAUUACAUGGAAGGAUGAUAUACCUUAUAAGAUGCAAUCUUUAAAUAUGAAAUAUUUUGUCAAUAAAAAGUUCU